ACAAUCCAAUAGCAGUCAAAAGUUUGAGGCGGCCAUGAUGCGUCUAUGGAACCGAGGAAAUUGUUUAAGGUGAGUCCUUGCUCCCGCUUCUAAACUUAAAGAUAUAGCGAAAAGACGAGACCCGUUGUACACCAUCAACCAGCAUGGUGAAACGUAAGAAAAGUCGGGUCGUGCUAGAGUCUAGCAGUGGUGAAAGUGACAGUGGCGAGGACCUCGACGAAGAGCUUUUGAUGCUGGCUAAGAAAAAACAGAGGACAGAUUCUGAAAGCUCUCCAAAGAAAUCGAACGAAGAACAACAAGCAGCCACGUACUCGGACUCUGAAACUUCUGAAAGCGACGAUGACUGGACGGUUGGUGGUGGGAAAAGCAACAAGGCUAAAGGCGCCAAAAAGGCGGUCAAAAAGCCGCAUUCAUCAGCCAGCGGCAGUUCAUCAUCCGAGCCUGAAGAGGGUGAAGUCUCCGGGUCUUCAUCUGGAGAGAGCGGCGAUGACGACGAUCCGGAGGACGAGGAGUUCAAUGAUGGAUAUGACGAAAACCUCAUGGGAGACGAGGAGGAUCAGGCAAGGCUGGCUCAGAUGACAGAGAAAGAACGUGAGCAGGAGCUCUUUAACCGAAUCGAGAAGCGGGAGGUACUUAAGACACGUUUUGAGAUAGAGAAGAAACUACGACUGGCCAAGAAAAAUGAGCAGAAACGCAAGGCGAAGAAAGAAGAAGGGAAGCAAGAAGGGGCUUCUGCCAGCUCGAGGAGUAAGGAGCGCCGGCGGAUGGUAGAAGAACGAAAAGACAAGCUGGACAAAAAAGCUCAAGCCAUCAAAGACCUCAAGGCUGAGAGAGAGAAGAAAAGGAAGAUACAAGCGGAGCAACAGCAGAGGGAAGAAGAGGAAAGGAAAAAGGAGGAGGAGGCCGCACACCAGAGCUCAAAGAAGCUCAAAGCCAGCGACAUCUAUUCCGACGAUGAUGAAGACGACGACGACGGCAGUGCCUCCGAGGAAGAGCGAGCAAAGAGUGAGGAGCGCAGCGAGGCGGGCUCGGAACGACGCAGGUCCAGCUCGGAGAGCGAAGAAGAGGAAGAGACCAAAAAGCCGAGCAUUGCCAGCCGCCAAGAAUUGAGCAAGAUUCGCCUUUCGCGGCAUAAGCUCGAGCGCUGGGUGCACGCACCGUUCUUUGCAAAAACUGUAGUGGGCUGUUUUGUGCGAAUUGGUAUCGGUUCCCACAAUGGCAAACCGGUCUACAGGGUCGCACAGAUAACUGACGUGGUAGAGACGGCUAAAGUGUACGCGUUGGGUCGCGCUCGUACAAACAAGGGACUUCGACUAAAGCACGGAAAACAGGAACGUGUGUUUCGUCUGGAGUUUGUUUCUAACCAGGACUACAGUGAUUCGGAGUUCAACAAAUGGAAAGAAGUGAUGGAAACGGAGAACGUGCCAUUUCCAACCAGCGAGGAUGUGUCGCGUAAAGUGAAAGACAUCGAAGGGGCUCUCAACUACGAGUACAAGGAGGCAGACGUGGAGCGUAUCGUGACCGAGAAGCAACGCUUCAAGCGCAAUCCGCACAACUACGCCAUGCGCAAGACGCAGCUCAUGAAACAGAAGGAAAUGGCGGACUUAGCGGGUGACGAUGAAGAAGCACAGCGCCUGGCGGGAGAGCUAGACCGUUUGGAAGAGCGUGCCCGUGACCUUGACAAGCAGCGCACCAGCACAAUCAGUGCCAUCAGUUACAUUAACGAACGCAAUCGCUUGAAGAACAUAGUUGAGAUUGAGAGGGCAAUACUGGAAGAGUCAAAGCUGAACAAGGAGAAAGCAGACGACCCUUUCACGCGCCGAAAAUGUGCUCCCAGCCUCGUCACGAAGACGAGGCCCGUCGCAGAAGUGAAACCGCUGCAGGAGACUCCCAAAGUGGUACAACCAGUCACAGCACAGAAACUGCAGUCAGCGUCUGCCGAGGAAACGCCGUCUCAGAGGAGCGACCAGGACAUGUUUUCCGCUCACGAUUUUGACAUCAAGAUAGAUCUGGACGUUUCGGCAUCGGCGGCGCCCUCCCCGGUUGCGAGGCCCUCGGGUGGCGUACGGCCGUCGGCGCCAAAGAGGUCUCUCAACCUGGAAGAAUACAAGAAGUUGCGGGGCCUCAUCUGACCACAUCUAUUGUGGACUUACUGUAUAGCAUUAAUUCUAUAAUGGACACCUCGUGAUUCUGAAACACCCAUAGCACAUGAGAGCACAGAACAAUCCGGACGACUUUAUGUAUUUAUCGAGACUGUACAAUAAAAUCGAAUCAUUGCAAGAAAAAAUUGUCAGGACACAUACGUACAAGUAACUCUGUACAGCCUUUGAUACUUGAUCUUCGUCAAAUGGAAAAAAAUAAAUAACUUUUCAGACAGUCGCUUCACAUUCAGGAAGCUCUCAAGUGUUGGAGGUAUUUUGGGAUCAAUCUACUCAGAUGGGUAACGCUGCUACAGGUGGCCUUCUGUUCUUGUUGAGAACCGAUGCAGACGUUUGAGUGACUUUAUUCAACUUGCCAGAUACAUAAAGGUAGACUAUGUGAAAUAGAAGAAACCACCCAUGCUUGAGCAGGACAACAUUGCUGCCGUGUCUUGGCUUUGUCAUUUCAUUACUCCCGGGACAUUUUGUAGCCUCGUCGAGAGACUUCGAGUCUUGCAACAUCAUUCAUUUUUGGGUCCCCCGCUGAUGCGACAAUAUUUUUGGAAACGGUACAUUGCAUAAGAUCGUGUAACUUCAUCUCGAAUUUGUGUUGCUGUUGAAGCAAGCAGAUAUAUGACUGUAGGGAGUGUUGAUAGUGUUCCUUUUACUUCAUGCAAGGACUGUUAUACGAUUUUCACAUUUCUCAUGGUAGAAUAAAUUGGUACUGUAAAGCCUGCAGACAAUGUUUCUUUGCGUGGUGUAUUCCUCAGUCUGUUCACAGUAUGGUCAGGGCAGCUUGUAUGCAGCGAAUGUGGUUGCAGUGCUUUGAAGGAUACUGAAAUAGUGCUGUAUGCCAUGCCAGCAAUGUUGCGAUGCAUGCUUUUUAAACAAACUUUUCAUUUGUGAACCUUAUUUAAGUAUGUUUCAAAAACAUUGUGUGAACUUGUGCAUGGCCACGAAAAUCUUGUGCUGCAACAUUGUUGAUGUGUUCAGAAAAGAAAGCGAUGAUGAUCUUGCCUAUUAGAAUUUUGGAUUUAUCAUUUCUCAUUUUGUGUUUUAUACUCAUGUUGUCAUCAUGUGGUAAUGUGUUUAAUAGUAGUAAUAAAUGCCGAAUUUGCAUACACACCUUUA